AUGGAAAGUAAUGGUUUGAAGAAAGAAAGACGGAAAGUAAUGAAUAUAAAUGGCAUUGAGGAAGGAGUGGAAUUCUUGCCAGCCAACAACUCAAGGAAGGUGGAGAAGCGAGGACCAAAGCGCUGGAUUGUGCUGCUGGCAUUGGUGACCUUUUUCAUCCUAUUAUCCCUUAUGGUUGGAAUCUUGGUGUGGCAUUUUAAUUAUCAGAAUGCAAGGGUGCAGAAAAUCUUCAAUGGCUACCUAAGGAUUGCAAAUGAGAACUUUAUAGAUGCCUAUGAGAAUUCCAACUCCACAGAAUUUGCAAACCUGGCCAGCAAGGUUAAGGAAGUGCUAAAGACGUUAUACAAUGGAAUCCCAGCCCUUGGACCCUUCUACAAGGAUUCUGGAGUAACAGCCUUCAGCGAGGGCAGUGUCAUUGCCUACUACUGGUCAGAAUUCAGUGUCCCCCAAUACAAAGUUCAGGAGGUUGAUCGAAUCAUAUCAAAAGAAUAUGACUUGACGCUACUUUCUAAGUUCCGAGCCAUGCCAUCCUUCAAAGUGGAUUCAAUUGUGGCUUUCCCCACUGAUGCCAGAACAGCACAGACAACACGAGAUAAUAGUUGCAGCUUUUCCCUACACGCCCGAGCUGGUGAGGUGAUUCGAUUUACCACCCCGGGAUUCCCGGACAGCCCCUACCCACUGCGUGCCCGCUGCCAGUGGGUUCUUCGGGGAGACGCUGACCUGGUACUGAGCCUUACCUUCCAGAGUUUUGAUAUUGCCCCGUGUGAUACUGCUGGGAGUGAUACAGUGAUGGUGUAUGACUCCCUGAGCCCUGUGGAGCCUCGAGCCGUGGUGCAGUUGUGUGGCAGUUAUUCUCCCUCCUACAACUUGACCUUCCUCUCCUCUCAGAAUGUCAUGCUCGUCACACUCAUCACCAACACUGUCCGGCGACACCCUGGUUUUAAGGCUGAGUUCUUCCAGCUGCCCAAGAUGACUCAAUGUGGAGGCUACUUAAGUGGAGAGCAGGGGACAUUCAGUACCCCCUAUUACCCAGGCCACUACCCCCCCAAUAUUGACUGCACAUGGGACAUUGAGGUCCCUCGUAAACAAAAUGUUAAGAUUCGUUUCAAAUUCUUCUAUCUGGUGGAGCCGCAUGCAAUCCUUGGUACCUGCCCCAAGGAUUUUGUGGAGAUCAAUGGGGAAAAGUACUGUGGAGAGAAGCCUCAGUUUGUGGUCACCAGCAACACUAAUAAAAUUACUGUAAAUUUCCAUUCGGACGAGUCCUACACCGAUACAGGUUUCUUCGCUGAAUAUCUCUCCUACGACUCCAGUGACCCCUGCCCUGGCAUGUUCACCUGCAACACGGGACGCUGUAUCAGUAACAACUUGCGUUGUGAUGGCUGGGCUGACUGCACAGACUUCAGUGAUGAGCUAGAUUGUGUGUGUAAUUCAACCUACCAGUUCACUUGCACGAACAAAUUUUGUAAGCCUCUCUUUUGGGUCUGUGAUGGCCUGAAUGACUGUGGGGAUAAGAGUGAUGAGCUUCAAUGUAAGUGCCCAGAUCAGACCUUCAAAUGUGGCAAUGGGAAGUGCAUCCCCGAGAGCCAGAAAUGUGAUAAACAGGAUAACUGUGGAGACGGCAGUGAUGAAGCUGAGUGUGAGAGUGUUUGGACCGUCUCCUGCACCAAGUAUACGUAUAAGUGCCGCAGUGGAGUGUGUCUGAGCAAAGGGAACCCGGAGUGUGAUGGGAAGAGGGACUGUAGUGAUGGCUCGGACGAGAGCAACUGUGAUUGUGGGCUCCGGUCAUUCAGUAAGCAGUCACGGAUCGUCGGCGGUCAGAACUCAGAUGAAGGAGAGUGGCCGUGGCAGGUGAGCCUCCAUGCAGAAGGCCAGGGUCACAUCUGUGGGGCAUCGCUGAUCUCCUCCACCUGGCUUGUCUCCGCAGCCCAUUGCUUCAUGGAUGAGGGGGGAAUCAAAUACUCUGACCCCUCAUUAUGGAAAGCCUACCUGGGUCUGCAUGAUCAGAGCAAGCGCAGCACCACCGGGGUGCAGGUGAGGGGAUUCAAGCAGAUCAUCACCCAUGCCGCCUUUAACGACUUCACCUUUGACUAUGAUAUUGCUGUGCUGGAGCUGGACAAACCCAUCGAGUUCACCUCUGUUGUUCGGCCCAUCUGCCUGCCUGAUUCAUCCCACACCUUCCCUGCGGGCAAGAGCAUCUGGGUGACGGGCUGGGGGCACACCACGGAAGGAGGCUCUGGAGCGUUGGUCCUUCAGAAGGGGGAGAUCCGAGUGAUCAAUCAGACAACGUGUGAGUCCUUGCUACCCAACCAGGUGACCCCCCGUAUGAUGUGUGUCGGCUUCCUCAACGGGGGUGUUGAUGCCUGCCAGGGUGAUUCAGGAGGCCCUCUCUCCAGUGUAGAAAAUGAUGGACGGAUAUUCCUGGCUGGAGUGGUGAGCUGGGGUGAAGGCUGUGCUCGAAGGAACAAGCCAGGUGUCUACACAAGAGUCCCUGUGCUUCGGAACUGGAUUAAAGAGAAGACAGGAGUAUAGGGUUUCCCU